CGCAUAUUCACAUGCUUAAUACAAAAUACAACUAUACUGCCAUAAUCAUUACGAUGAUAGCAUUUUUAUUAAUAACAACUCAGCCAAAAUAACGUGGGAGGUCCGUUCAAAUUUUAGGAUUUUGUGAAGGCGCCUGCUUGAAAUCAAAAGGCAGGGAGUUCCAGAGACCCACCCAGAUCCAUUAGGCCAGGGGGUCUCCAGCUGCUUCCAGACCACAAUUCCCAUCACCCCUUGGUAGCUAGGAAUGAGGGGAGUUGUAGUCCAAAAAAAGAGCUUGGGGCCCAAGGUUGGGAAACGCUGUACGGCUCCUAUCCCUGAGGGCUUCUGGGAGCUGUAGUCCUAAGGGCAAACUCUAUGGUUCUCCGCCUCUAUUGUUUCGUUCGUCACUUCCGGCGAUCAAGGGGCGGGGCCUGGCGCCGGAGGAGGCGAAGAUUCCCUCGCGCUCCCUCCUGCGGACGCGCAUGCGCGCGGGGAGGAGGCGUGACGGCCCAAGAUGGCGGCUGCCGGCGGCCCCGUGGAGGUGGCGCUGGUGUCGGCGGCUGAGGCGGCCUCGUCGUCCGGAGGCGGCUGCUCGGUGUGGGAAGUGGGCUCCGGGGCGUCGGUGGCCGGAUACCGCGGGUUCAGCUGCGCGGCUCGCGGGAUGGCGCUGCUGGGCGGGGAGCACCUGCUUGGGGCGCAGCUGGGCAAGGCCUGUGUGGGCGCCUGGGAGCUCCAGAGGAAGGUAGGACCACGGGGGGGGGAGGGAGGGGGCUGCGCGCGCACGCGCAUCCUCAGGAAGCCCCGCCCCCGGGAGUGACCCCCCCAUGGGGUUCCCAUGGAAACCCCAACUCUAGACAUGACACCCCCCCCCCCAGAUUCCCUGUCCAAAGUCUGUUUCGGGGGGGGGGGUAAAAAUCCUAAAGAAACCUCAACAAUUUUGGGGUAAAAUUGUAAAAAAAAGCUCAGCAACUUUGGUCGGCCUUCACGCAUGUUCACUUCAUCAUAGAAUCCUAGAGUUGGAAGAGACCACAAGGGCCAUCGAGUCCAACCCCCUGCCAAGCAGGAAACACCAUCAGAGCAUUCCUGACAUAUGGUUGUCAAGCCUCUGCUUAAAGACCUCCAAAGAAGGAGACUCCACCACACUCCUUGGCAGCAAAUUCCACUGUCAAACAGCUCUUACUGUCAGGAAGUUCUUCCUAAUGUUUAGGUGGAAUCUUCUUUCUUGUAGUUUGGAUCCAUUGCUCCGUGUCCGCUUCUCUGGAGCAGCAGAAAACAACCUUUCUCCCUCCUCUAUGUGACAUCAAAUCUGGCCCUCUCUGAAAAAAGUAUGGGCACCCUGCUCUAGGCUGAGUCUUGUUUUCCAAAGGAUGGACUGACUGUGAUUGAUUCUCAGUUAAACAUCUGGCUAGUUCAGAGGACAACCUUGAGCCAGGUUAAGAGCUUUGAGAACGUGAAGAAGAAAAGUCACUUGACCCAGGGACAGUCUACAUACACAGUGGUACCUCGGGUUAAGUACUUAAUUUGUUCCAGAGGUCCGUACUUAACCUGAAACUGUUCUUAACCUGAAGCACCACUUUAGCUAAUGGGGCCUCCUGCUUCUGCCAUGCCACUGGAGCACGGUUUCUGUUCUCAUCCUGAAGCAAAGUUCUUAACCUGAAGCACUAUUUCUGGGUUAGCGGAGUCUGUAACCUGAAGCGUAUGUAACCCGAGGUACCACUGUAUAUUGACCUAUUCCGACCCCUUUUUCUUAAUAGUGACAUAGACCAUUCCAUAGUGACAAUAGUGACCAUUCAUAACAUAGGAAUAUUCUUCCCAACUCUGAGCAGGGCAGUGGGGUAACUGACAAGUGACAACCAUUCACUACAACAAUGUUCACUGCUACUGCUUAGGCGGCACUGACAACACAUUUUGGUUCCUGAAAUUCACCCUUAUUGUGCAGAUAAAAUAUAACAGAUAGAAUUUGACAGGAUGGGGUAUAAGUGUGUGAAAACAGUCCAGAUACAACGAUCCCCAGAUGGAGGAGAUGUCCAGCACCAUCAUCUUCACUUGAUCACAAGUGGCCGAUAGCCAGCUGCUUUUCGGACCUCCAGCUCUCACCUGCUCCAGUAUCCAGCAUGGCCCAUGUUCAGGGAUGCUGGGAGUUGUACUCCAAUACAUUCUGGGUGGGGAGACAAGGCUCUCCUCCACAACAGCCUGAAAAGCUGUGGGAGACCAGCACCCUUCAAAAACAUCACCCCCUCCUCAUAAUAAAUAGACCAGGAGAGAAAACUUUUGAUAAUGAUACAGUUUGUUUAUCUUGGGCUUUGCGUGCAUUGCCUUAUAAGGCUUACAACAGCCCUGCAAGGUAGCGCUGUACUGUUAACCCAGCAUUGCAGAUGGAGGGGAGCUAAGAGAGAAUGUGAGAAGAGCCUGCAAGACCAGCAGCUCUCCCCUCCUGUGGUUUACAGCAGCUGGUAUUCAGAAACAUUACUGCCUCCGACCAGGGAAGCAGAGAUUGGCCAUUCUGGCUGGUGCCAGUUUGCCCAGUCUUCUUUAAAAGCCACCCAAGUUAACUGCAAUCUGCAUGAAGAAGUAACACAGAGCAUAGCUUGGUUGUGGUUUCUGCUGUGUGCCAGGGCUUUAAACUGUUAGACGCUCCGAACCGGGUAAUCUUUCACUCUAGCUGCUUCAGAAUUUCCAACCGUCUUUCCACUUGCAUUAUGUUACUCCAGCUGAAAGAUAAAAGCCAAGCCUAUUAUGCCUGUCUGGGUUGCAGUUCCUCUCUAGCCCUUCUGUCCUGGAUAGCUUGAUAUCCCUCUCUGCUACAACACAGUUCAUUUGCUUUCUUCCCAGCUCUCUUAUCGUCUUAAGCCUCCUCCUCCGCCUCUCUCAACUGUGCUCUCCCAGAGUUUUUAAGCAUUUUCCCAAAUACUGUAAUGGAUUAGAACUGAAAUCCCAACUCACUUUUAAAAAAAGAAGUGUUCAGUCACAUCUCCCAGUAGCUUAAACUCCUGACUGGGGGUGCACACAAAGGCAUCUUAUUUCAUUUCAGCAAUCAAACUCAGAUCUAGGUUGUUUUAAGAGUGGCACCUGCUCUGUAGUAAACUGUAACGUGUAUGCAGCCCCACACUGGGGAUCAGGUAGGGAGAAGUAUCUCUCCCAGUCACACAAGAGAUUUCCACCAGAUCAAGUCUUCACAGAAAUGCCGCAGACCAUCCAAAUGAAGCUUGCGGACCACAUUUUGCAGGCCCCUGCUCUACUAUGUAGGAUAGAAUCCUAGAUUUGUGAAGUUGGAAGGGACCACCAGGGUCACCUAGUCGAACCCACUGCAAUGCAGGAAUCUCUUGCCCAGCAUGAAGCUCAAACCCAUGACCCUGAGAUUCAGAGCCUCGUGCUCUACUGACUGAGCUAUCCACAAGUGGAUACAGCGGUACCUCGGGUUAAGAACUUAAUUCGUUCCAGAGGUCCGUUCUUAACCUGAAAUUGUUCUUACCCUGAGGCACCACUUUAGCUAAUAGCGCCUCCCGCUGCUGCUGCGCAGCCGCCACAGGAUUUCUGUUCUCAUCCUGAAGCAAAGUUCUUAACCUGAGGUACUAUUUCUGGGUUAGCAGAGUCUGUAACCUGAAGCAUCUGUAACCCGAGGUACCACUGUACACUUUUGGAGCAUCCAUUUUCAGCAUCUGAUCAGCUUUCCAUUCCAAUAUGGGUUUUUAAAUUUUUUAAUGAUUAAUUUACUCACUGACAUAAGACUCCUGGAGAAUCAGGCCAAUGACCCAUCUUGUCCAGCAUUCUCACUGUAUACAAGCAGAUAGAUGCCUGUGGAAAACAAGAAAAUCCAACUGGAUAGCUCAGUUGGUUAGAGCAUGGUACUGAUAACGCCAAGGUUGCAGGUUCAAUGGGGCGGCUGCAUAUUCCUGCAUUGCCUGGGGUUGGGCUAGAGGAGCCUUGGGGUCCCUUCCAAUUCUACAGUCCUGUGAUCUUAUGAAGUAGGACUUGAGCACAAGAGCCCUCUCCCCUCCUGUGGUUUCCAGUAACUGGUAUUCAGAACCAUUGCUGCCCCGGACUGUGGAGGCAGAGCAUAUCAUCACAGUAAAUAGCCAUUGAUAGACCUCUCCAACCAUGAAUUUGUUUAUUUGGCCCUUAAAACCAACCAAGUUGGUGGCUGUCCCACCCUCUUGUGGGAGCAAGUUCCACAGUUUAACUAUGUGCUGCGUUGAAGAAGUACUUUCUUUUAUGUGUCCUGAAUCUCCCCAUGUUUUUAUUGUGGUAUUAGGGCGUGUGUGUUUUUAUUGUGGUACACUGCCCAGAGAUUGAUGUGUGGGGCAGUACAGAAAUAUUUUAAUAAGUAACAAAUAAAUAAUACUCUUUCCCUCCACUGCCCCUGUUUGUCCCUAGGAUCAGCUCCAGCAGAAGAUAAUCUGCCCAGGCUUGGUGUCUUGCUUGGCCGCAGCGCCCAACGGUCUCUACAUCUUGGCAGGCAUCGCCGAAAGCAUCUACCUCUGGGAGGUAAGGAAGGUGGCAAAAGUGGGUGGGUGAUCUCCCUUGGCCACUUGGGGGUGGGGUGGGAGGAACUGAUGGCCUUCAGCAGGAUUGGAGAACCUCAUAAGAACCCAAGGAGAGCCUGUGGAAUCAGGCCAAUGGCCCAUCUGGUCCUGUGUCAGGAAAACCCACAAGCAGAACCAGGUCACAAAAGCACUCUCCCCUUAGUUGAACAUUAGUUCAGUUGACAGCCUUGAUCCAGGUUAAGAGCUUUGAGAACUUAAAAGAAGGAAAGUCACUUGAUCCAGGGACAGUCCGCAUAUAUACUGGCCUAUUCCGAACUCACUUUCUUAAUGGUGACUCAGACCAUUCAUAACGUAGGAGCAGGAUGGGGGGCGGGGUGGGGAGCAAAGGCAAGCAGCAACAAUUCACUAUAACGCUGUUCUUGCUCAGGCUGCACAGAAAAAGCAUGUUGGUUCCUGAAAUUCAUUCCGAUUGUGCAUACAAAAUUUAGCGGAUAGAAUUCUACAGGAUAGGGUGUUGGUGUGUGAAAAGGAUCUCCAGGCAAACAUCUCCAGAUGGUGGAGAUGUCAGAUGCCAUCCUGACACCCAUGCAUCUUCACUUGGUCGCAAGUGGUCGAUAUCCAGCUGCAAAAUGUGCCUGAUGCCUGGCUUAUUUUGGGUUUUAAGUAAUGAGUUUUCCCCAACCCUACCUGGGGAUGUCAGGGAUUGAUCCCGGGACCUUCUGCAUGCUUGGUCCUUAAUGCUUCAGCCCUUGUAGAAGCCACUUCAGUAUAGAAUCAUAGAAUGGUAGAGUUGGAAGGGAUCCCAGGGGUCAUCUAGUCCAGCCCCCUACAGUGCAGGAACCUCAGUGCAUGCAUCCAUGACAGAUGGCCAUCCUACCUCUGCUUAAAAACCUCCAGUAGGGAGGUCACUUUAUAGAUACAGAGCCACUAGCAAAGAGGCAGAACGCAGCAGUGGGAGAUGGGCUUCUGUAUUCCCCGCCCCCAAUCCACACAGCAAACUAGGUGCAGGCAGAGGGCCUUCUUGGUAGUGGCACCCACCCUGUGGAAUGACCUCCCAUCAGAUGUCAAGGAGAGGAGUAACUAGAUAACCUUUAGAAGACAUCUGAAGGCAGCCCUGUAUCGGGAAACUUUUUAACGUGUAGUAUUUUAUUAUGUUUUUAUAUACGUUGGAUGCCACCUAGAGUGGAUGGGGCAUCCCAAUCCAAUGGGUGGGGUGCAAAUAAUAAAAUUAAUAUUAUAAGCUGUUCAAGUUUUGCCACCAUACCUGAAAGAAAAGAUAUUUGGAAGCAUUAUUAAUGUGCAGAAUGAGACCUUGCCACAAGGGGGCAGGAGCUGACUUUGUCUCCUCACCUGUCCAUGAUGCUAAUUCUGUUUCCUAGGCAAGGAGCAAGGCUGGGAAAGUGAGUUCUUCAAUCUGGCCCAAAUUAGUUAGCUUUGUUCCUUUUCCUGCUGCCAUUUUAAAGAUCUCCAGCCAGGUGUUAUGCAAGAAGAGACCAUCAGGAGAGCCCUUGGGCUGGGUCAGUCCAAGGGAGAGCCCCCCCCCAGUCCAGUGCCAAAAAGAUGCCCCAAAGGGAAGCCCACAAGCAGGUCUUGAAUGCAGCAGAAGAAGAAGAGUUUGGAUUUGAUAUCCCGCCUUUCACUCCCUUUAAGGAGUCUCAAAGCAGCUAACAUUCUCCUUUCCCUUCCUCCCCCACAACAAACACUCUGUGAGAUGAGUGGGGCUGAGAGACUUCAAAGCAGUUUGACUAGCCCAAGGUCACCCAGCAGCUGCAGGUGGAGGAGCAGAGACGCGAACCCGGUUCCCCAGAUUACGAGACUACCGCUCUUAACCACUACGCCACACUGGCUCUCAGGAUCUGUUCCCUCCUGCAAUUCCAAGAAACUGGCGUUCAGAGGCAUUUACUGUCUCUAACAGCAGACCUAGAUUAUGAUUAUGAUGAAGAAUAAAUAAAUUAGUAUACCGCCCUAUACCUGCAGGUCAGGGUGGUUCACAUUAUAAAAUCACAAUGUAAAAUAUAGCCGUUGUGGCAAGUGGCCAAUGACAGCCACCUCUGUGAGUUUGUCUAAUCCUCUUCUAAAGCAGUCGUUGAAUCGAUGGCCGUCACACCCUCUUACGGGAGCAAACUCCACAGUUUAAAAAUGCACCAUGCCAAGAAGUCCUUCCUUUUGCCUGAAGCUCCCUGUGUAAUUAAUUGUUUUAUUAGAGCAGCUUUACGCUGCUCUUCAACCAAAAUUCUCCCAGAGCAGCUUGCAUACAGUCAGAAUGAAACAGUCCUUCCCUACAGAUUUACAGUCUUAAAGAAAACACGACACACAAGGGAAAAGGGACUGGGAGGGAAGAGGAAAACAGAAACUCAGGCACCAGUUUCUAAAGAGUUCUUCCUGUAACGAUCAGCUGGCACAGUUCAGGGGCAGGAGGUGCCUGAUGGAGGGACCCCUGCUUCCUAUCUUUCCCACUGAGGCUGCCCCCAGAUGAAGGUUGAGGGGAGAGGAGACCCAAUGGAGCUGGCCUGUCGCAGCAGAUCUGAUGGAGGGAGCUCUGCGUCCUACAGUUGCCAUUGAAAUUAUUCAACCCCCAUUGCAAAUCAGGUUUACAGUCAUACCUCGUGUUGAAGUAGCUUUGGGAUAAGUAUUUUUGGGUUGCGCGCUGCGGCGACCCGGAAGUAACGGAGCACGUUACUUCCGGGUUUCACCUCUCGCACAUGCGCAGACCGUCAAAAUGACAUCAUGUGCAGAAGCGGCGAAUCGCGGCACGCGCGGACGUGGGUUGCGUUUGCUUCUGGAUGCGAACGAGGCUCCGGAAUGGAUCCCGUUUGCAUCCAGAGCAACCAUGUGUUAUCAAAAUUUACAGACUUUUAGCUGUUUCCAUUGAACACAUCAAACAAAAGCAAUUUAAAUAGCUCAACACAAUGGAUGCUUCGAGUGGUUUCCCCAAAUUCAGCUGAAAUUGCAACUUAUACUGGCUUCUCCGGUCUCUUAUGCAUGUUCUAAAGAAAGAAACAUGCAUGGUUUUUUAACUGACUUAUUUUUAAAAGCCUAUUCACUCGUUCAAAAUACCUGUUUGUUUUAUCUCAAAAACUACUUUCAAGCCUGUUUUGCAGACUACUGUUUCUGAGCCAUUUAAUAUCAACGGAAUAAAAAAUGUGUGUGAAUUCAUAAUAAUAAUAAUAAUAAUUAUUAUUAUUAUUAUUAUUAUUAUUAAUAAAGAGGCUGAGAGGAUAUGGAGAGGGUGCCUGAUGGAGCUGGCCUGUCGCAACAGAGCCAACGGAGGGAGCUGUGCUUCCAACAUUCAGCUGCAUCCUAUGGCCCCGAGUUCUAGCAUUACGAGAGAGGGAGAAGAAGCGGCAAGUAGCCGCACUAGGUAGAGCACAUAUAGCCUGAGCAGGUAUCUGGCAGCAUACCCGGUUCUGGCUGCCCUCCAGCGCUGCUCCCAAAAAUACAACCUUCGGGUCCUUAUGCUCCACUUAGCUGCAGAUUCUUCUCCUUCCUUGCCUCACAACCCAGUAUCCUGUCCCUGCCCCAAUUUCUUCUGCACGUUUGAGCAAGGUGGUGAGGAGCAGGAUGAAUAUUGCAAAAGAUGAGCCUUGUGGAACUGCUGACGGCGUCUCUUUUCCCCCUUAAAACUUUCUCCUUUUGAAGUUGUCCGCAGCAGCCCAAGAUGCUUGCCUGCAGCAACCCUUCACCCCUGGGUGAAGGAAGCGAAAGGACACCCAGCCAUCAAGCCCAGAAGGUGUCACAUUUAUGUCUUUUGGUGGCGGCGGGGAGGGAAAGUGGUGGGUGGCUUGACAGCAAUAUUGGCAGCGCUGUAAAAUAAUUAGAUCCGUCCUGGGCAGUUUAAAGCCGUAAUGGAAUCAAAUUUGAGUUUCCUUUUUUGAUGACUUCAAAUACAUAAGUAGAGCUUGCUUGCUGGAUCAGGCCAGCGUCACGUCUAGACCAACAUCCUGUUCUCACAGUGGCCAAACAGAAGCCUCAGUGGGGAAACCUGCAAGCUGGAUGCAAGUGCAAGAGCCCUUUGCCCUCUUGCAGUUUCCAGCAACUGGGAUUCAGAUGCAUUGCUGACUCCAACUGCGAAGGCAGAGCCAUCAUGGUUAGUAGCUGCUGAUAGCCUUCCCCUCCUCCUUAAAUUUGCCGAGUUCAAGUUAUAGGCUGGACGAUACCUGGUUUUGAACAUCGCUAUUUAUAACCGGAUAAUAUCAUGAUAAGGUGGCGCUGUGGGUUAAACCACAGACUCCCCAGACUUGCCGAUCAGAAGGUCGGCGGUUCGAAUCCCCGCGACGGGGUGAGCUCCCGUUGCUCGGUCCCUGCUCCUGCCAACCUAGCAGUUCGAAAGCACAUCAAAGUGCAAGUAGAUAAAUAGGUACCACUCCGGAGGGAAGGUAAACGGCGUUUCCGUGCACUGCUCUGGUUUGCCAGAAGCGGCUUAGUCAUGCUGGCCACAUGACCCGGAAGCUGUACGCCAGCUCCCUCGGCCGAUAAAGCAAGAUGAGUGCUGCAACCCCAGAGUCGUCCGCGGCUGGACCUAAUGGUCAGGGGUCCCUUUACCUCUUUAAUAUCACGAUGUCUGAAAUAAGGAUGUAGCUAUGCAGAGGCACUGGCUGGCUUCACACUUUUCCCUGCAUUGAGAUUUUUGUAUCUCUCUAUUACACACACACACAGAUUCACCAUAAAUUGCCCGGUCAAAAAUUAUGAAACCAAUAUCAUGUUAUGGACUUCAAAAUGGCUUUGGACGACAUAUUGCCCAGCCCUAACACAUCAUGAUUCGUGAUUUAUUGCCUGGUCAAAAACUAUGAAAUUGGUAUCAUGAUACGGACUUCAAAAUGGUUUUGGGCAAUAUGUUGAUAUAUCGCCCUGCCCUCAUCCCAAGUUGGUGGUCAGCACUGCUUUCUGUGGGAGGGGAUUCCGUACUCUGUGCUGUGUGAAGAAGCCAUUUCUUUUAUCUUUAGACAAACUUUGCUGGUGGGGGUGUGGACGCAAGGAGCCCGCCUGCCUUUCUCCUCCCACACCCCCAACCUGCUGCUGCACUCCGUUUUUCCUCCGUGGCCAGCCGGAUGCUUCUGUGCAAGCAGGGCCCAGGGGCAGCCAGUGACCCUUCACCUGCUGCCGACACCCCGGCAACCAUGAUCUGCGGCCUACCGUCUCCAAAAUCUGCCGCGUUCCUCAGAACCGCCUCCGUCAGCAGCCCUUCCACCCGGCUGCAUCAGAGCAGGGAAGCAUGGCAGACCCCUCCUCUUCCACGAGUUGUAACAAGUCUGGAUCAGCUCCUCCUUCCCACCUCUGCCUCCGUCAGCAGAGCCUUUCCACCUGGCUGGCAAGAUAUCAAAUGCCCCCUGGCUUCUCCAGCCUGGCUAAGACCAUCUGCCAGUGAGCCCCUCCCAGAACAGCCUCGCAUCAACUGACUCGUCUGCUUGGUGCGUCAAUAUUGGGAGAUGCUGAUAAUCAGCCUGGCUAGGACUGACCGCUGUUUAUUUUAUACAUAUAUAUAUAUAUAAUAUUUAUUUAUUUAGUUAGUUAGUUAGUUAGUUUUGAGCGUUUGUACCCCAAAAUGCUCCCAGAGUGGCUUUCAUACAGUACAGCCCCCGGUGCUUGCAGGCUUACAGUCUACAAAGGCACAGCACACAAGGGGAAAGGAGCAGGGAGGGAAGAGGAAAAUCCAAACUUAGGCACUGGUUCCUGUAACGAUCAGCCAGCACAAUUCAGGGGCAGGAAGUGCCUGGUGCUUCCUGUCUCUCCCUCUGAAGUAGUCUAGUGGAACUGCUUCCCCCCAGGUGACCAUUGAGAGGAAAGGCAAUGGCAUGAGGCUUUACUUACACCCCAUCCACUCUAGGCAGCUUCCAACACAUAUAGAAACAUAAAAAAAAAGAUCUCAGGCCCUCCUCUUCGUUCCUGAGAUGAAGUGCUCACAAGCUCUACACAGAACUCCUUCCUUGAACUCCCAGGAAUCAAAUCUUGUGUUUCUGUUUUUCUGUAACCUUAUUUUCCAGCCUUAUAGUUACUGUGCUGUCUAUCCGGCUUUGAAUUCAAACAGGGGUGCAGAAAAGUUCAGGGCAGACAAGUCGCCUUCCCCAUGGCACACCAGAAACCCUACGCCAUGUCCAGCAACCAAUUUGGGGUGGGGCGGUUAUCAAAAUAUAUUUAAAUAUUUCUGGUGUGCCUUUAAACUCAAACCCUCCUCAGGGUAGCUUCCCUUAAGACACAGAACAGGAUUCAAAUUUUUAAAAAUCAAAGCAAGUCGAAACAGCAGUCAAAAGGCCAGCAUCACAUCUGUGUUUAACUUAACCGCAUUGCAAGGAAUCAAAAACUGAGGAUUUGAACCCAGUAACAAUACAGAGCUUAAAAGUUCGGCCUCUUAGUUUAAAGGCAGCUGGAGAUAAAUAACUUUCUCCAGCCCCGCUUUUGAGAAGCUGCCAGUGGAGGGGGGGGGGGUCAGACAGGUAUCCCUUGGGUGCUGGUUCUGGAAGAGGAGAGCGGCCUUGGCACCGCUCCAACCAGAUCAGCAGCUCAAGCGAUACUCCCAGAGGGCUGAUAACUGUCCGCUUAUUGUAAUGCAAAUCAUUCCGCGAUGCGGCUAAUAAUACGCCAGGCGGCUGUGGCUUGUGACUUCCUUACAGGUUCACCCAAGCAGCAGCCCCGAGGCUACGAGGCUCCUGUCUCUGUCUUGGUCUUGACGCCUCCUGCCUUGUCACUGUGUCAUCAGACAGGAGGAUAUAGAGGUAGACAACUGGGCUGCAGCCUUGAAUACGCGUGCCUGGGAAUAACAUGCUGGGCACCUGCUUUGCAUGCAGAAAGACCCAGGUUCGUUCCCAUGGGGCAUCUCCAGGUAGGGCUGCGGAAGACUCCCUGCCUGAAGCCCUGCAGAGCCUCUGCCAGUCAGUGUACACAAUAUUAAGCUAGAUGGACGGUUUCAUUUCACUUCUUGUAUACCACUUUUCUGUACACAGGGCAGUUUAUGAGCUGAAGGGACAACAAAAUAGACAGCAAAGAUUGCACAGAUUCUAAUAAGAAUCUGAUCCAAGACAAAAAGAAGUCGUAAUAAACAACUUCUGUCAAAUAAAGCAAUAUUCAGUAUUCCAUUAGUAUAUAAUAGUAAGCAGUAAAAUUAAAUAUCAAAUAAUCAUAGCAUCGUAGGGACUCGUCAUUAGUCCAACCCCCUGCAAUGCAGAAAUAUGCAGCUGUCCCAUACAGGGAUCGAAACUGCAACCUUGGCGUUAUCAUAACCAGUUGAACUAUCUAGGCUUUAAGGAGUUUGCAAUAAAGAAUUACUCAACUAUAAUCAAUAUACCGGUAAAUAAUGGCAAGUCACAAUGCAUAAAACAAAACAAAAUAAAACAAAACAAAACAUAUAAAGCAAUGUAAAAGGAUCAAAUUGAAAAACAAGGACACACAACGUAUAAAAUUGGUUUAAAUCUAGGAACUCCUCUCUUCAUGGAUGCUUCUACUGUUCUCAAAGUCAUGUUCUGGGAAAGGCUCCCAGGGCUGGAGGGUGGGUCAAGGCAGGUGAAAAAGCCAUUGCCUGGUGGCCGACACAAAGUCUCUCUUCCCUUGCAGUCUUUUCAUCAGUCCUUUGAAUGUCAGUAUAGUCAUGAGGACUAGAAUCAUUUAACAUUUUGCUGCUUCCUGCCUUUGUGCCUAGCUUAGCUGUUGAGCAUCUCCAGGUAGGGCUUGGAAUAUCAUACACACAAGCCCCAGCCUGAAACCCCAGAGAUUCACUAGAUCGUCCUGAGCAUGAAGUCUGACGAUGUAAUUUGGUAUAGCUUUGUGGGUUCCUAUCUAAAUCAGAACAAUGAGGACCAGAAUCCUAUUGUUUCAAAAGUCAGGUGCCACCCCCACCCACUGUAAGACUCUGGGAGUUCCAGGCACCCACCCAGGGUCUGUGGUCCUUUGGAGAAUUGAGACAUGGCAGAGACUGACAUAGCUUUAAGAAAUAUGGUUUAUUCCCCUAUUUACACCUUCAGUCUGCCUGGAGGGAGCCCCGAUCUGACCGCAUGGUCAUUUCAAGAGGGGCUUGUGCAGCCCUGGACUCCAAGGCAUCUCUCCCAGCCAGCCUGCAGCCAGCCUGCCCAAGAUGGAUCCCAGCCUUUCUUCUCUCCCUUUCUUCUUCCCAGCACACCUUGCUUGAAACCCCUCUCUUUUCUUGUCACUUCACACCCAGUUACCCUGCAGCCUUCCAAACCCCAAGUCUUUGUCCACAUCUCAGGGCAAGAAGGGAGGACAGUUAUCCUCAGUGGCCCUCUAUUGUUCCUACGUGGCCCUAGCUUGGCCAGGUCCUUUUGCGUAGGCUAGUCCAGGAAUUCCUCUGCAGCUUGUAUUUCUCCCUCCACAUCCCAAAUAAUAAAAAUCCUACCAUUUAUUAAUUUCUAGGGUUUAGGGGAAGGACUUUAAGUCAGCAGAGGUGUGACUGCUUUGCAUGCAGAAGGUCCCAGGGUCUUUCUCUGCUCGGCUGUGAAAGACCCCUGAGUCUGAACCGCUGCCAGCCAGUACUGAUAGUACCAGCUAGGUGGACCAGCAUCUGAUUCUCUAAAAAGCCCGUUUCCUGCGUUCCUAUGAAAUGAGCCUUCGCACGGACCAGAGUCUUGCUUUCUUUCUAGAGGAAGGGGCAUAGCUCAGCGCCAGAGUACCUGCUCUUCCCAUUCAGAAGGUCCCAGGCUUAAUCCUCGAUGCUGGAAUAUCCCCCACCUGCAACCCUUGAGAGGCAUUUUGAAUCACUGUAGAUCAGGAUUUUCCAAACUCUGGUCUCCAGCUGUUUUUGGACUACAACUCCCGUAACCCGAGCUAGCAGGACCAGUGGUAAGGGAUGAUGGAAAUUAUAGUCAAAAAAACAGCUGGAAACCCAGCUUUGGGAAACUCUGCUAGUCCUGAGCUUGCAGGUGGUUUUGUUAGGGAAAUAUUGGGGUACAAUAUCUAUCUGGUGUCAGAAGUGGGUAUUAGGUGUUGAACUCUGAUAUUUCAUUUACAGUCUCCCUUGGUAAAUCAGGUCCAGGGUGUCAUUUGAUUCCUAAUCUCUCCUGAUUUUCUCUUCUCUUCCCCACCUCCCAAAUACGUUGGGGUCGCUUCCCUGCCCCAGGUGUCUAGCGGGAACCUGCUUGCCAUUCUGAACCGGCACUACCAGGAUCUUUCCUGCGUGGCCUUCACAGACGACAGCAGCCACUUCCUCUCCGGAGCGAAGGACAGCCUUGUGAUAGUGUGGAACCUGUACAGGUAAGAGAUGGAGAAGUUGGAAGGUGUGCCGAGGAGGGCGACUGAGAUGAUCCUGAGUCUGGAAGCAAAGCCUGAUGAGGAACUGUUGAAGGAGCUUGGUAUGUUUAGCCUGGGAAGGAGGCAAGUGAGAGACCAUAGAAUGGUGGAGUUGGAAGGAAUCCUGAGGGUCAUCUAGUCCAACCCCCUGCAAUGCAGGAAUCUCAGCUGAAACAUCCAUUACAGAUGGCCCUCCAACCUUUGCUUUAAAACCUCCAAGGAAGGAGAGUCCACAACCUCCCGAGGGAGACCGUUCCACUGUCGAACAGCUCUUAGUGUCAUAAAGUUCUUCCUGAUGUUGAGUCAGAAUCUCCUUUCUUGUAACCUGAAGCCAUGGGUUCGAGUCCUACCUUCCAGAGCAGGAGAAAACAAGCUUGUUCCCUCUUCCACGGGGCAGCCUUUGCUUGAGAUAUUGGAAGAUGGCUCUCCCGUCUGCUCUCAGUCCCCUCUUUUCCAGGCUCCGCACUCCCAGCUCCUUCAGCCGUUCCUCCUAAGGCUGUGGGGAUCUGAUACAAUAGCCAUCUUCCAACUCUACGAUUCUAUGAGCCAUCUUAUUAUUGUUAUUGUAUUUCAGUGUUUUGUUGGAAGCCGCCCAGAGUGGAUGGGGAAACCCAGCCCGAUGGGUGGGAUAUAAAUAAUAAAUAAUAUAUUAUUAUUAUUAUUAUUAUUAUUAUUAUUAUUAUUAAGUUCAGUGUUGCAUACACAAACUGGCAGCAGCUUUCCUUCUCCUUUUAUAUCCCUUCUAACCUAGAGGUUGGACUAGUUGACCCUUGGGCUCCCUCCCAGCUCUGCGAUCAGACGAUUCUAAGAGGCAAAAGUCUUCAAUGACCUUGCUUAUUCCGUUUGCAGAGGUUUCCUAUUCUGCAACCUUUUGGCUCACUCGUGUCUGUCUCUGGCUGAGUCUCUUCUUAAAACGGAGGCUCGUUUUCCGAAGCUUCCCACCAUGGCUGGCUUUGAUGCAGCCCCAGAGCCGCAGGCCUUGCAGAGGCACAGCAGGCAGUUUCUGGGGCAGGGCUGUGGGAUGAUGGCGGUCGAGCCCGUCGCACAGACCAGUGGUUGAUCAGAAGGAGGCGAGGGUGGAACAGCAACUCAUGCAGGGACCCUGUGGGCAGCCGCCUCCUCCUGAAACAAUUUAGGUUUCGUAGCACAGGAGCUGCCAGGAUGCCAAGCCUUCUUCUGUUUGCCUCCCAUUGCAGGCAGGCACCCAAUUCCCGUUAACCAGGCUGCUUUGGGCCCCCUUUGACAGAAAUAAUGGCACGAUGGAAGCCUCUGCCUCGCCUCCCCCCCUCCCCAAACUUUGCACGCUGUGCCAGUGUUGUUUACUGGCUCCCUCCCCACCGAAGCAGCAGUUGGCAUGGAGAUGCCAGCACGUCCCUGACCCCCUGGGCCAGCAGAGCUUUUGACAGGCGGCAUCUCUUCCUUAAUUGCUUUGGCCAUCGAGGCCGCAAGGACAGCCAGCCGGAGGGGAGGCUCCCAUGGUUGGAUCCUGCAGCCUCUGUUCCCAGCCUCCUUCGCUCUCCACUGUUUGUCGACUGUCAUCCAAUGGCAGAGGGUGCUCUGAGGACAGAGUGCCCGCCCCGCCCCCCCCGAUCUCACAGCCCUUAACCUCUUCGGUUUCAGGAGCUACAAAACGUCAUCAUGUUGGGAAAGGGCCGAGUUGUCUUCCAGGCAGCACUCUGGGGGCCGGAGGCAAAAGUGGGUGGGGCAGCAGAGAAAAGAAAGAAAAAGUGGGUGUGAAUGAAAAAGGGAAAAUAUACAUUACCAUCCCUUAAUAUACAGCUGCGUAUAUUCUUAUUAUCCUAAUGCACGCUUAAUUGUCAAAAACCUAAUAGAUUCUGUGCAAGCUCCUUCCAAAUAUCAUUGUAUUUAUGCAAAGAAAGUCUGCGUCUAUAAGCUGUUCCUAUGUUGUCAAGCCAUUGAUUAAGGGGAAUCGUACCUCCAUCCUUCCAUUUCAUCAAUAUCAAUCCCUUGGCCAACAUUAGGGUGCGUAGAAUCCGUUUUCGCUGUCCUGUUGUCAGUUUCCAUACAAUGGGUUCAAGAGCAUAUUCACCUCUGAAAAUCUUGAGUUUUUCCGUAUGGCGUUGUUUAUAUAGUCCAGCACUUUCUCCCAAAACUUAGUAAGUGUGCGACAUAGCAGAAGCAUGUGUUUCAAAGAAGCAUUGUCCGUAUUACAUCUCCAACAAAGAGAUACGUUAGAUAUACAAACGUCAGGGAGUCCAGACUGUAAGAAAAUCAAUACUGUCUCCCGUGAAAAGCUUGAGGAGAGCCAACUCCAGACACGCCAUUGCUUUUAUUUGGGCAAAUGCAUCUGGAACCGAGCCACGUUCCCUCACACCCGCCAUGCGCAUUUCCUGGGACCCCCGCUUUCCUUUCCCCGCUUGCUGUGUGCUGAGGCCUCUUCCUUCCCCCCUUUCCCCAGCGUGCUGCAGGCCGAGAACGCCCAGAGCCCAGAGCCCCGCCAUGUGUGGUCGAGACACAGCCUUCCUAUCACGGACCUCUGCUGCGGCAUGGGCGGCCCCAUGGCCCGUGCCGCCACAGCCUCCCUAGAUCAGACGGCCAAGGUAAGGGCGGCCAGCAGGCCAGGGGAGUGGAGUGCCGCUCCUCAGGUAACAGGGACUGGCUGCAUGGGGAGGAGUGGUGGGAGGUGCCAGCCAGGAAACCCCCAAGGGAAAUCCUGGAGGAGGAAAGCUCAGGGAUUGGUGGUGGGACACUGAGGAGGGGGAAGAUUAGGAGGUGGUGUUGGAUACUGAAAAGGUAACAGGGUUUAGUGAGCAGGAGGAGUCUGUGACAGGGAGCAGUUCAGACUCCCGGCUGCAGCAGAGGAGGGGAGUCAAGAGGCUGCAGAAGAACCAGGAGUCUCCCUCUCUGACUGCAACAAGCUCUCUCCACGAACACACAGAAUAAUGAGGAGGGCAAAACAGAGGCAAGAGGUGUGCAGACACAGCUUGAGACUGCUUGGGAAACAACUGGGAAAGGAGGAGCCUUAAGGUGGAAGGCAGGGACCUUCCGUCCUGGCAAUGGCUCCAUAGGGGCAAGACCACCUGGGAAGGGUUGCUAAGUUGUAUGCCAUUUCCUUGAAUAAUACGUUAACUUCACUGACCAUGGAGCCCUGCGCCUUUCAUGCUGACCUGCAUCUGACUCCAGCCCUGACAGCAGGGCAGAAGCGUUGCAAGGAAGCCCUGCGGCAGCUGCAUCAAGCCCCUCUAGUCCAGCGUCUUUCCCCCACAGUGGCCAGCCAGAUGGCCCAAUGGGAAGCCCCAAUGUUAGAAAUCAGCCAGGUGCGUUUUGUGACUUGCAUGGGUCCAAUUGCAACCCCAUGGAGAUCUCUGGAUGCCAGUUUGGCAACUGACAUCUCCAUCUGGCUGGCCUCUCCAGCAGGUCAGCAGAAGAGCUUAUUUAAUGCAUUUAUCUCCCGCUUUUUCAUCCAAGGAGUCCAUUGUUCACCACCACCCCUUCUCAGUUAACCCAUGCAACAACCCUGUGAGGUAGGUUAAGAGGCUGUGACUGACUCACAAGGUCAUCCAGGGAGCUCCAUGACUGGGGAUUUGAACCCUGAUCUCCCAAGUCCUAAUCCAACACCCUUAACCACUACUGACUCUCUAAUUGGGCGUUAAACUCCCACCUCCAAAUUGAUUCAGGGCAGGCUGUGGGGCAGGUGGUUCUCAGGUUGUGGGGUGCUGUACACAGCCUCAUACAUACACACAAACAUGCACACGGCUACAUUUUGUACAGAUGCAAACGGGAGCAGCAAGAAAAUGUAGUAUGGAGCACUUGAUAUUCUUCCAUUUUCAGGGAGUUUUUUCUAUAAAGAUUUGUGUGUGCACGUGUGUGUGUAUAUGUCUUCGAAGAUUAGGGCUUCCUCCAAGACUGCUGACACCUCCCUCUUGUGCAUUUUGCCUGCAUCAGCUAUAAUAAUUCAUUUACCGGCGACAUCAUUCUUUGCUACACAUCUCUUGUGGCCUGAACAUUAUUCAGCCAAGUCAGCCCAAAAGUUCACGGCGACGGCCGUCAGUGGCCCUGUGACAGCCAUAGCCUCUCAGCCUUGCUGGUUUGUUUUGGGGAUUAUAUGAGGAACGGGAGAACCAGGCACACCACCUUGGGAUCCUUGGAGAGAGAGGAGGGAUAGAAUUGCAGCAAAUAAAUAACAGAUUCCUUUAAAAUUAAGCAUACUGGGGAGCACGGGAAGGAGAGGGCAGGAGGGGUUUGAUCCUGCGGGGGACCCCUGCAGCUUCCCCUCCUGCCUGCCACCUGCCCCUCCUUCUCAGAAAGAUGGGAGUUGGAGCCCAGCAACGUUUGUGGGGGCCACAGAUCUUCUCCAUCCCUGAUCUGAGGAGAGGCAUUCCCCUCUCUCAGGAGGGAAUGCCUCUUCUAGAUAGAGGCUUCUCACAAUCUGUCAUAGGGUCAGGAAGGAUGGGACAACAAAUGUUAUCCCGUCCCCUGGUUUUAUCUCAUGUUCAGUUGCAAGAGUUUGCCCAUCCAUUCCCAAGCCCCUCUGCCGUGUUCCACUGCCGUUCCGUCUUGAGCUGCAGGGAUUCCUGGCCCACCUUUGUACACCCUUGGCUGAUUGGUCCUAAAUAAAUCCAUAGAAUUGUAGAGUUGGAAGGGGCCACAAGUGUCAUCUAGCCCAACCUCCUGCCCAACGUGGGGCUCGAACCCACGACACUGAGAUUAAGGGGUCUUGUGCUGUACCAGUUGAGCUAUCUGUAUGCUUACUCUUCUCCUCUCUUCCAGCUUUGGGAGAUCUCCUCUGGCGACCUCCUCCUCUCCGUCGUCUUCGACGUGGGCAUCCUGUCGGUGACCCUCGACCUCACAGAAUACCACAUGUUCUGUGGUGGCAUGGACGGCUCCAUCUUCCAAGUCGACCUCUGCGCCUGGGUAGGUCCGAUUCCACACAUGGCAUUUUAUGCAUUGUGACUUUGCAGUUAUUUUUAUUGAUUGUAGUUUAGUAAUUAUUUAUUGUAACUGUUAAGAGCAAAUUUCUGUUUAAUAAUUAUUUGCUGAUGUUUUGCGUGUUAAUGUUAUUGUGCACUAUUUAUUAUAUUCUAAUACAUUACUGAAUGUUACUUUAUUCAAAAUAAGUCGUCCCGUUUUAAAGUUAUGUUUUAUUACAACUUUCUGUAUUGGAUCAGAUUAAUAUAAGGUGUGUUUUUUUGUGUGUGUGUGGUUUUUUUGUUGUUGCUAUAGACCGCCUUGUGCACUGUAAUAUGGAAAGGUGGUAUACAAAUUAAAAUUUAAAUGUAGCACUUAACAAAGGAACCCGCCUGCCUUACAUACUGAACCAAAGCAUGUAUGUUCUGUGUUGCUUCAUACUGUCAACACUGACUGGCAGCAGCUCUCUGGGGCAGGCAGGUGUUUCUCCCAGCCCUACCUUGAAGUGCCAAUGAGCUGCAUGGGAAGUCAGGGGUCGGGCAGGUUAAGACACCUAAGAGAUUUUGUUUGUAUUAUAUUAUUUAUUUUAAAAAAGUACAAAAUUACAAGCGCACUGAGUAAGAUAAGACACACAAAAAAGAGAAGAAACAAAUAGUACCAAUGUAGAAAACAAAACGGGGGGAAAUAUUGUGUACAUUAACCCCCCCCCCAAAAAAAGGCAGGGAAAUUUUGAUACUGUAGUUAAUUAGACCUUAAUCUAACAGGUAUUUAUAAAAAUGAAUUCCAAAUAUCAUUGAAUUUGUCCAUGGCAAGUCUACGUUUGUACACAACUUGUUUAUGUGUAGCAAAGUUGUACAUAUCUUCAGUCAUUAACGCCAGCUGCAUUGUUAUUUUUCCAGCUCAUCAGUACCAGUCUUUUUGCCGUAGUAAGUGCGGAGAGUCCACUCAAUAGUGUUUUUAGUGAUGUUCAGUGAUUGACAGGUGGGUGGGUCUACCCACCUGUCAGUCACUGAACAUCACUAAAAAACACUUGACUAAUGUGGGGGGGGGGGAGAGAUUUGCCACCUCUGGAGCAGACAAAUCUGGGCUGUAUGCAGUGCUAUUUUUCGACAAAAAGAGGAGCUGGAUCUGACCACCAUCGCCUCACUUGUUCUCUUUGAAUGGCCAUGGCGUCCACCUGAGGGGCCCAGAACUGAGCUCCUGGCUGUGUGAACCAGCAGCCCCACCCAAGUACCUAAGGCAGCUUCCUGGUUCCCACCUACGCACUCUUCCUGACAAUGCUUCAAAAUAUAGUUUGUAACUUCCCCCUCCUCUUUCUUUCAGCCCGUGCAAAGGGAGAGGGGCUUCCAGACAGAAAGGGAGUCUGCCAAGAUCUUCAAAGGGCAUCGGUGAGUGCUGCAGCAAAGGUGGGGUACAGCAACAAAGGGGGAAAAAAAUUUACCUACAUGCGGUGAUUUUUGGUUUGAUUGGAUUGCCCUCUGGGUCCCUUCCAAAUCCACAAUUCUUUCAUUUGAUCGGAUGGGCGGAAUUCCAGCCAGGCCACAGCACUCAGGAGAAGGUGCACGAGACACACAGUUCUGAGGGCUGCCCGCCCCAACAUAAACCUUAGAUUCUAAGGGGCUUUGGCGGGGAGGGGCCAGACAUUUGGGUUACGGGCGCACCCUGCAUCAUGCUCAGCCCCUUUCUCUAUCAACGGGGAUGGCUUCAGAUACGCUCAAGACACAACCUGGAGGCCCUUUGUCUUCCCUCCAGGAACCAGGUGACGUGUCUCUCCGUCUCCACCGACGGAAGCCUGCUCCUGUCCGGCUCGCAUGACGAAACCGUCCGGCUGUGGGACAUCCAGAGCAAGCAGUGUCUGCGCACGGUGAAUUACAAAGGUACGCAAGUGCUGUGUGCCUGUGUGCACCUCCGCAAAGGGUUGCAGCGCAGCCCCAGCCUUGCAUGCAGAAGGUCCCAGGUUUGAACACUCUUCUGCAUCUCUUGAGCAGAACUCCCACCUGGGGCCCUGGAUAGACCUUGCUCCCAAGUAGCACAGGCAGCCCUGAGCGAAGUGGACCAAGAUGAGUCUCUGUGUGAGGCAGGUUCCCUACAGUCCGUUCCUUCAUUUGUUUUUUAAAAUUAAAUUUUUUUAAGUUACAACAUAUACAAUCAAUCUCCAACAUAUACAAUCAAAACACAGUUUUGUCUUUUCUCUUGUUUUUCUCGACUUCCCACCCCAUUUUCCACAGAAUUGUUGCAUCUCCCCCUCUGCUGCUCCUUCUCUUCUGCCUAUCGAAUCACAACCACAGUAUUAUAGUCCAAAUCCUUCUGUUGCUCAUAGCUCAAAUCCUGCUCACAAGUUCAUGCUAUAAUAUUUCUUUAAAUAUCCAAAAAAGGCAUCCAUUCUUCCAUGAAACACACACCGUUAGAGUCUCUUAAUUUUCCUGUUAGUUUUGCCAGUUCUGCAUAUUUGUUUUGCAGGUUUAUCAAUCUUUCUUUGGCGAAAAGCUACCAGUGCAGUACGUAAGAUCAGAUGAAAUGCAGAAAAGGCAGGGAAUUGCAAGCUCAGUUAAGCAAAGCACAAUAGCUUGCAUCCAGCUCAAGUUUUACCCAGAGUAAUAAAGGUAAAGGUAAAGGACCCCUGACAGUUAAGUCCAGUUGUGAACGACUCUGGGGUUGUGGCGCUCAUCUCGCUGUACUGGCCGAGGGAGCCAACGUUUGUCCGCAGACAGUUUUUUUCAGGUCAUGUGGGCAGCAUGACUAAGCCGCUUCUGGCGAAACCAGAGCAGCGCACAGAAAUGCCAUUUACCUUCGCCGGAGCGGUACCUAUUUAUCUACUUGCACUUUGACAUGCUUUCGAGCUGUUAGAUUGGCAGGAGCUGGGACCAAGCAACAGGAGCUCACCCUGUCCCGGGGAUUCGAACUGCCAACCUUCUGAUCGGCAAGCACAAGAGGCUCAGUGGUUUAGACCACAGUGCCGCCCACGUCCCCUUCUGCUAUUUAGCUGAAUGUUAAGAUGCUCUGAUUUCAGCUGGUAACCGGGAUCCCAGGGGGCUGCAGCAGCCGCACUAAAAACUCAAGUUUCUUUCCCCAGCCCUGCCUGGAGAUGCUGGGAAUAAAAGUGAGCCGCCCUGCUAGUCCACAUGCUUCCAAGCAAAUAACUGAAAUAGGAAUGGAGGACUUUGCCUUAUGCCAAAUCAGACCCGUGGUGCAUCUAGCAGAAUCCUUCCUGGAGUUUCAGGAUCAGAGUCCCUUUCCUGGGAGGUGCCCUUCCCAGCUCAGAUACCCAAAAUAUUUUGUUUAUACCAGGCUGCUGAACUUUCUACUCCAGAGCAGAGUUUUUAGGCAUUCUCAGCAAACCAUUUUGGGUUCCUUUCCUCUGGAAUUCUUCUCCCUGAACAGGAGAAGGGGUGUCCGUGUUAUUAUCCGAGCCACCAUUUCCUCAUAUCGAGUCAUCUUUACGUAAUCUUCAUUUUAGCUAUCUCUGUUUGUCUAGGGGCAAAACUGUUCUCUCCCCACCUCCAAGAACACAACACAAUUUGCAAAAUCCUCUUAGCCCUGGCUGGCUGUGUGCGUGUGUUUGGCAUGUGCCCUGCUUUGUUUUGAAGCGGUGCUCAAAGCCUUGCGCUGGCAAAGAGAAAAGGAGCCAUAAAGCCUGCAUGGCUGAAUCUUAAAAACCUCACGAUCUGACUUGAGGAUCGUAAAUUUCUCAAUGUGCUGAGCCGCGCUUGGUGCCUGCGCCCUCUUCCCCCUAAUCCUGGGUAGAAAAAAGUGCCAGGAUAUAACAAUGCAGCUGGCAUGGGGAGUGUUGGUUCUGCGUCGGCCAAUGGGGAGGCAGCCCUUGUCCACCCACUCCUUCCUGGAGAGGAGAGGCAAAUUAUUUUCGCACAAGUUUUAUUAGGAAAGGGGAUUGGGAGAUAAAACUGCCGGGUUUUGCAAGACCUUUUGUGGUGCAGCAACAUUUGGGAAAACUGGCGUGGGUGGUUAGGAUUCCAGGCACCGGCUGAUGCCCAUGCGUCAGCCAGUGUGGGCAGGUGGUGGUAAUAGUAACAACAACAACAACAACUUGUAACAACAACAACAACAACAACAACAACAACAACUUGUUAUUUAUACCCUGCCCAUCUGGCUGGGUUUCCCCAGCCACUCUGUGUGUCCUGACUCCAGGGCUGCUGCUCCAUGCUGUGGCUGCCUGUCCCCUUGACCCUCUAAGCAAGUGUUGUGUGCCAGUGGGUGCCCUCAGGGUCCCAGUUAUGGAAUCAUAGAAUUGUAGAGCUGGAAGAAACAUAAGAACCUCAUAGGAUGAGCCCAGUGGCACACGGAGUCCAGCAUCCCAUCGCCACAGGAUUCACAACUAAAGAAUCCCUGGCAGGGGACCGUCCAACCUAUUUAAAAACCUCUGAGGAAGGAGAGCCAAACACCUUCCGUGGAGACCGUUCUGCUGUUGAACAGCUCGAAAACCGGAACACUCACUUAAUGCCAUCCCUUGGCCUUCUCUUCUCCAGGCUGAACAUGCCUGAUGCCCCUGAAAUCUCCUUACUCUGCCACCCAGGUCUCUCCCUGGGCACAGCAGCAGUGCAGUGGACUAGAGCUCAGAGACAGGACUGGUAGCAUCCCCUGCCUGAACCCCUGGAGAGCCACUGCUAUCCAGUCUGUGUGUAGACUGAUUAAGGGUCUGGAAACCAAGCCUUAUGAAGAACAGUUGAAGGAGUUAGGUAUGGUUCGUCUGGAGAAGAGGAGACUGAGAGAAGACAGGAGAACCAUCUUCAGAUAUCUCAAGGGCUGUCCCAUGGAAGAGGGAACAAGCUUGUUUUCUCCUGCUCUGGAGGGUAGGACUCGAACCAAAGGCUUCAAGUUACAAGAAAGGAGAUUCUGUCUAAACAUCAGGGAAAACUUUCUGACAGUAAAAGCCGUUUGACAGUCUCCCUCAGAAGGUGGUGGAGUCUCCUUCCUGGGCGGUUUUUAAGCAGAGUUUGGAUAGCCAUCUGUCAUGGAUCCUUGGCCUGAAAUUCCUGCAUUGCAGGGGGUUGGACUAGAUGACCCUCGGGGUCCCUUCCAACUCUACAGUUCUAUGAAUACUGAGGUUGAAUAGGCCCAACGGCCUGGCUCUGCAUAAGGCAGCUUCCUCCGUUGCUUUUCAAACAGCCCAUUAUUCAGAAACAUGAGGACUAGAAUCUUACUUUUAGCGGAAGGGCCCUAGCCCUGCUCUGCAUGCACGAGGUCCCAGGUCCAGUCUCCAGGUAGGACAGGGAAUGUCCCAGAACUAGUUUUGAACUGCUCUCCGCUUCGCAACAGGGCAAAGAGCCCUUUUCUUCCUGUCCUUUAUAUAACGGCGUUGUUCGUCCCUCCCUCCUCCCCUCCAGAUGUCUAAUUACUUUUCUCCCUUCUCCGAAAAGAAUUCUGUCCAGACGCUGGCAACUCUCUCUGCUGUUAUCGGUGCCCCGGGGGAGGCAUUAACAUCCUUUAUCUCGGCUGCGCAGAACACUUGAUAAGGCGCUGCCGCUGGCAGCUCAGUUCCCGACACGUCUCUCUUUUCUUCUAAACCCUCCCCUUUCAACAUCGGCCUCGGAGCUUCCCUCCUCCCCACCCGCUAAACCCUGAGCCAGGGUGCCUGCUCUGCUUCCCAGCACCGCCUGCCUCUCUUCGCAUUUGCUCCAUCCCUUCAAAACUGAUCUCUUUUCAGGGCGCAGAAGCCAGUAAAUCCUUUGUGCGGUGCAAGCGGCGAGACAGCCCUAAUAACGAGGCUUUGGAGCGCCGCUCAAACUCGGGUAAUUUAAUAACAUUCCGUGUCCGGCACUUCCACUGAGCUCCGGGGCGGCGGGAGGAGAGAGAGAGAGGCCAUCCUUCGUUUUGUAACGAGAUGCAGCUGGUUUUAAGCACUCGCCAGCUUUAGGAGCAGCACUUGGGUCAAUAAUGGCUGAGCUGGGAGCUGUGCCACGAGAAAUGAGCAAGUGAAAUAGCGAAAGUCUCCUGUGAGCGUGCCUGCCGCUUCUCUGCAUGAGUCUCUGCUCCCGCCUCACCUUGGCAGGACCCAGUUAAUCCCACCACAUAAUGGCACGGGUUGCUGCAGGAUUCUUUGGUCACGCGAACGUAGUAGUAGUAGUAGUAGUAGUAGUAGUGAAGCAGGGGGCUCCUGUUGCCCCUCUGCAUGAGUUGUUGCCCUGGGUUUGCUGCCCUGGGUUUGCAGUAGUGAUUUGCGCAGGGAACAUGGGCAGAGAAUGAACCCACACUCCGUUUCCUGUGCGAGGUGCCAUUCCACUCCCUAGGGCGCAAGCCCAAGGCAGUGACUCAUGCAGAGAUUCAACAGGAGUGCCAGAAGCGGACUGGGUGAAAUAUGAUUUUCACAACAACCCGCAGAGAGAGAUUUCCCAUCAGCACAUGCCUUGUUUCAGCUCAGACCCUUCGGCCAUCCAGACCACAACCUCCCGAGGGAUUCCGUUCCACUGUCGAACAGCUCUUACUAUCAGAAAGUUCUUCCUGGUGUUUAGUUGGAAUCUCCUUUCUUGUAACUUGAAGCCAUGGGUUCGAGUCCUGCCCUCCAGAGCAGGAGAAAACAAUCUGGCUCCCUCUUCCAUGGGACAGCCCUUGAGAUAUUUGAAGAUGGUUCUCCUGUCUUCUCUCAGUCUCCUCUUCUCCAGACGAACCAUACCUAACUCCUUCAACUGUUCUUCAUAAGGCUUGGUUUCCAGACCCUUCAUCAUCUUGGUCUCCCUCCUCUGCCCACAUUCCAGCUUGCCAACAUCCUUCUUAAAUUGUGGUGCCCAGAAUCGGACACAGUACUCCAGGUGUGGUCUGACCAAGGCAGAAAAGAGUGGUACCAUUACUUCCCUUGAUGAAGAAGGAUUUCCUUUAACCUGUACUGGAUCUUCCGGCUUCAUUUGAUUUCCACAAGCUAUAAUGUUAUGACGGCAGGAGGAAAGCUGCUCUCUGCUGUCUCCAAGAAAUGCGUGAUUCGAUGCCUUCUCCUCCAUCAGUACCAGUGGGCCGCAGGCCAGUCCGAGGCAGAACUUACUAUCUUUCUGACACUCAGUUGGGGGAGCCAGUGUGGUUAGAGCAUCAGGACUAAGACCUGGGAGAAAGGCCAGGGUUCGAAUCCCCCCACUGAGCCAUGAAGCUUGCUUGGGUGGCCUUGGAAGCUAGCCUCUCUCAGGCCAACCUACCUCGCAGGGCUGUUGCGAGGAUAAAAUGGGGCAGAGGAGAACCACGCACAGCUCCUUGGAGAACGGUAGGGCAGAAAUGCAAUCAAUAAAUAGAACCAGAGGCUCACCUGAGCUCUUAAAAAGUUAUUUAUGGACGAAUCCUCUUUGACCUGCCUCCCUGCCACUGGGAAAUGGAUGGGUGUGGCACCCUGUUCUGCCCCAGCGCCUUGCAGGUGGGGGGGUGGCGGGGGGCACACUUAACCAAAAGCUCCUGAGAGCUCCAGUUGCGGGCCCUGCGGAGGUCCGACUGGUUUUGCAUGCAAACUCUAAAGGCAGAACCAGGUUUGGUGGGGGGGUGGAUGCAGAGAAAGCUCACAGGGACACUGCUGGAAAUAGAUCUGAAGAGUCAAAAGACCAGCCUGGAGCCUUUGGCAGCUGCAAGCAAGGGAUUCGAAUUUUGUUAUUCCGGCUGCUGUUUCCAACGGGUGUUGCUCUCAAAUGGGUUGGGAAGGAGGAAGGACUUGCUGGAUGCACUGUGUGUAUAUAUACUGAGUAACGCCUGGCUUGGUGAGCAAUGAGCUGAGGACCCUGUCUGGCCCACCCAGCAGGCCAUUCCUGGCCCUGUCCUCUUGCUUCCAAAGUCUUCUUCCUCCACUUAGUUUGCCAGGGCGAUGGAUGCAACAAUUUGUGAGUGCAGAGGGGUGAGCUGAGGUUGUGGCGUCGGGAGCCUGACGGCAGCCCGUGUGGGUAAAUGCGGUAAUUAAAGCGCUCAUUAACUCCGCUGAGUGGAUGUGUGCGAUAGAUCAUUACCGCGAGACAACUUGUGAGCGCACCGGGGCCUGGGAGAUGGAUGGUUCGCUCAGCAGAGGACGGAGAGGCUGCGAUGCUUGGGGCUGCGCCUGGUCGCCCCCGGGGAGGUCUCCAAACAGUUCCCUCCGGUCGCCUCCAGAUGCCUUCCUAGCUAAUUGGAGGAGAAGCUGGGAGAGGUGGCGGGGGAGCCGACAGCGAGGAGGAACGCAGACACACACAUGCCUUGGAUUCUGUAGAGCAGAACCACCAAAAGAUGGUGGAGAGGAGAUGUGAUUCCUCGGAGGUUUUUAAGCAGAGGUUGGAUGGCCAUCCGUCAUGGACGCUUCAGCUGUGAUGCUUGCACUGCAAGGGGUUGGACUAGAGGACCCCCAGGGGUCCCUUCCAUUAUUCCCCCAGGCAGGGCUUAGAAAAUAGACCAGUGGUUCCCAAAGAGAAUAGUACUGCCCCCUGGGUGGGGCGAAUACCUAAGUGGGGGUUGCUAGGAGGCAGCAGGGGCCCCCUGUAAAUGACAGUCAGGUUCUGGAAAGCUGGCAUCUCCCUGGAUCAAGUUUGUCGGCUUUGCUGAAUUAAUUGAACAAUUUUUAAUUGGGCUUUGAGUGAACGGGCAAUUAAUUGCCGCUGUUUUGAAUUUUAUCGUGUCAUCAUCUCCCUUAGUGCGCCGUGCAAGCCGCUGCUCUGAAUAAUGCUUUUUGUGGUGCAGAGUAGUGAGCACACGGGGCGAGUUGAUGAACCAAGCUGGAAAAGGUUUGGGAACCACUGUUGCAGACAAUCUUGGGCAAAAUGAACCCAAAGUCUGGCUUCGUCUAAGGCAGUCUUCCUGCGCCUCUGUUGAAUUACCCCUUUAAAUCACUAUGAGGACUGGAAACCUUACUGAGCUGUGGGACUUGUCGCCUAAGUAGAAGGGUGCAUGUUCUGUGUGCAGAAAGGCUGGGACUGACUCCCCAUCCGAAAGCCCAAAGAGCUGCUGGCAGUCACAGUCCUGAGAUGGAUGGCUUGGUGUCCUGACUCAGCAUAAGGCUUCUUUUGACUUGUCAAGAACCAUGAAGACUAGCCUCUUGCUUCAUUUUCAGGGGAGGGUCCACACGCUCCGUGUGCGAGAGGCCUCUUCCAAACUCUCCAAUUUCUAUAAUUCCGCAGUCAGCCCCUCAAACGGCAUCCCACGUGCUUCUCAGCCCUGCCAUAAGCAUACCUUGCCGCUAAAUCUCUCCCUCCCAUUUGCUCCUGCAGGUCCUGUCACCAACGCCUUCAUCACCCUGGCUCCAGCCAACAUGCUAAACCCGGAGAGCAAGCCCCGCGUCCCCCUGCCCAAGUUCAGCCGCCACCUCUACACCAUGGAGAACGCGGGGAGCCCUGCCAGCGAGGGGAUGAUGCUGUGCCUGGGAAUGCAUCAGAAGGUAGGGGGGUCUUCGGCUGCUUCCCCAGCAAACAUGGACCAAGUGACCACCAAGCUAGAAAUCCCCCUUCGCUCUUGAGGAUGGUGGGCAAAAGGAUGGCAGAAUGCUAAACGCCCCAGGGCCACUGGUAUAAAGGUCUCACCAAGACCAAGAGAUUUGAGGCUAUUUCUGGGGGGUUCGAUCCUCAGUUGGAAAGGCACAGUUGCAGAAUCGUAGAGUUGGAAGGGACCCAAAGGGUCGUCUAGUCCAAUCCUCUGCGAUGCACGGGUCAAAGUUAAGAAUAAGGCCUUUUGGCUGCCCAGGUGGAGAAUAGAGAGUGGGACGUGUCUGAACUAGAAGAAUGUACGAAGGGGGGGGGGGGAAUGAAACAAAAAGAAGAUUCAUUGCUCUUCCACUCUCACAGCUCAAUCUUCAGAGAUGGCGAUUGCCCAUGAUUCUUGGCUAGAGAUGCUCGCGGGAGAUCUUGCAGGAACUCAGACAGUCCUGGGAGAUCUCGCAAGCCCAUGCCAGAACUGGCACGUGGAGAGGGCCUUGUCCCCCACCCCCAGCAAGGCAGGGGGCUUAAAAGGACUUCUGUCUUGCUUGCAUUUAAUAAUAAUAGUAAUAGUAAUAAUAGUAGUAAUAAUAAUAAUAAUAUGCGGCCCAUCUGGCUGGGUUGCCCCAGCCACUCUCAGUGGCUUCCAACACAUAUAAAAACAUAAAAAACUUCCACAUAUAGGGUUGCCUUCAGAUGUCUUCUAAAAGUUGUAUACAGUGGUACCUUGGGUUACAGACGCUUCAGGUUACAGACGCUUGCCCCAUUAGCUAAAGUGGGUACCUCAAGUUAAGAACAGUUUCAGGUUAAGAACGGAUCUCCAGAACGAAUUAAGUUCUUAACCCGAGGUACCACUAUAGUUAUUUGUCUCCUUGACAGCUGCUGGGAGGUCGUUCCACAGGGAGGGCGCCACCACUGAGAAGGCCCUCUGCCUGGUUCCCUCUCACCUCACUUCUCGUAGUAAGGGAACCACCCUCAGAGCUGGACCUCUGUGUCUGGGCUGAACGAUGGGGGUCUACAGGGCUGAGUUUGUCUUUCUCUUGCAGUUUGUAAUUGCUUUCUCUGAUUACACAGCAGACCUAAUAAAGACAUGUUUUAUAGCAGGAGAGGGGAAGAGAGAAGGGACGGAAGUGGGCGAAGGGAACACACCUCUGAGCUCUGCAUGCCUGUGUGCCAAGCCUCCUUCCCCUUCCGAUGCAAGCAGGAGCAGGUGGCUGUUCCCUGCUGGAAGAGGCGAUGCAGAUCUGAGAGAGGCAGGGCUGAAUGUUCUGGUACAAUUAUCCCUCAGGGAAAGGAACAGGUUGGCAGGAGAGAGAGAGGGAGUGUAUUAUAAUCCUGUUGUUGGGCACUGAGGCAGUAAUAGGCUGGAACGUCUCCACCGCACCUUGGCAUCUCGAGGGACGAGGUCGGCCGUAACGCAUAAAUUAACUUCCAGCGUUGGGGAGGCCAGCAAGAUCCCGGCCAGCUCAGCCUCCUGUCCCCACAGUGGCCAAACAGUUGCGCCAAAGGGAAGCCCACCAGCAAGAUCCGAGCACAAGAGCCCUCUUCCUUCCUGUCGUUUCCAGCAUCUGAGAUUCAGAAGCAUUGCUGCCCCUGACCGUGGAGGCUGAGCAUAACCAUCCCGGCUCGUACCCCUUCAUAGCCCAUUCCUCCACCAUGCAUUUGUCCAAUUCACUUUUAAGCCAUCUGGGUUGCUGGCCAUCACCACUUCCUGUGGGAAGGACUUCUGCAGUUUAACGAAGGGUUUCAUUUUAUCUGUCUUGAAUCUUCCAACCGGGCCUUCCUUGUGUCAACAGCUUGGAUCUGAAGUGCCUCAAGGACUGCCCGAUUCCUUCUGCCCUGCCUUGAUCAAAGAGACCUUCUGGUGUGGCACUCUUGUUGCUGUCAGACAGCUGGUCUCUGAGCAUCUCUCCUUCCCUCUUUGAGACUUGGGUUUCACAAGAGCUGGGCCUCUGCUCCGAUCCAGGAGGUUCUCCUUUCUGCCUGGGACUCUUCUCUUGGGUUCAUGCAGGUGGCUUUGAGUGGAGACCAGGUGACUUCAGGGACACUAGAGGUGGACAGGGGGCGGGGAGACGGUCCCUCUACCCGCUGGCGAGCUUUCCGGGGACACCUGGCUGCCUGACUGCAGGGAAACGGGAGGUGGCUCUGCUCUCAUGUCCCCCACAACGUCAUAAAAUCUCAGCCUCCCCACCCAAACCCGCCAACACCCCUUUGCCAGGAAUGCAUUUUGUUUUCCCAGCAAGGGGUUGCGUCCGAUGCCCUCUCGCAGCCGCUCCAAGGAGAGGGAGAACGAGGGAAGCCGGCGUUUCAUCCGCCUUGCCUGUUAACCAUCGCUCACCGCGGAGGCAUUUUCUCCUCUCCUGCCUGUCUCCUCUCCCCCCAAAACACAAAGGGUGCUUUGAUGUGUUAUCUCUCCUGCCUGUCAUUUUUCCCUCUCCACCCGCGAGACUGAUGGGGCCGUCUUCUUUGAUGGAUUAGCUCCUUGCAAAGGGAGGCCUCGUGCCCGCUCCUCUCCCCUGGCACCACACUGCUUGUCCUUUUCUUCUUCUGAGUUUCCUUGAGCUGCGGCGGGCAAAGUGUCCGGCAGCCCACCCCAAGGCUCUCGCCAGGUAUCUCAUCUAGCGUUCUUGUAACAGAUUCCCAGGAGCGUCCACUGUCAGCCCUGCUCCUUUCCUCUGCAACGUUGACAGCGGCCCCAAACCUCCAAGGUGCGAUGUCUCUUGUUCACACAGCAAGAGGAAAGAUGUUUCCGAACCAGGAAAGGGGGUUGUUCAGGUUGGAUUGGUUUGGGAAACUUCAGCUCCCCCUCAUCUUGGGGAGUCUGGCAGAAUCCUGACAGCAGAACAAGAUUCUAGCCCUCAUGACUGCUUGGGGGAGGGUGGGAGACUGAAAACUUGUGAGAACACAUAAGAAGAGUCCUGCAGGGUCAGGCCAGUCAGGGCUCAUCUAGUCCAGCUUCCUGUUUCUCACAGUGGCCAACCAGCAGUGUUUGAAAUUAGUCCGGCUCCAGGUGCAUUUUGCACCUGGCUAUCGGCCACUUGCAACCAAGUGAAAAUUCCUGGGUGCCAGGAUGUCGCCUGACAUCACCAUCUGGAGGUGCAGGCCUGGGCAUCCUUGGACCUGGCCUGUUUUCACACACUAAUACGCCAUCCUGUAGAAUUCUGUCUGUUGUAUUUUAUCUGCACAAUCAGGAUGAAUUUCAGCAGCCAAAAUGCUUUUUCAGUGCAGCCUGAACAAGAGCAGUGAGCAACGUUAUAGUGAAUUGUUGUCACUUGUCUUGGCUUCCCCCACUGCCCUGCUGAGAGUUGUGAAUGCCUACGUUAUGAAUGGUCUGUGUCACUAGGAAGAAAAAGUCGGAACGGCCGAUAUAUAUGUAGACUGUCCCUGGAUCAAGUGACUUUUCUUCUUUACGUUCUCAAAGCUCUUAACCCAGCCAGGGGCGUAGGAAGGGGUGUGUGGUGGGGGCGGUCCACCCCGGGUAUGAUCCCAGAGGAGGUGACAAGAUCCCCCCGGGGCAGAUCGCGCCGCUGCGCCGCAAUUGGCCCCCUGCCAGAAGGAUCACGCCUCCCCCGGGUGCACGACAUGUGCGCCACUCCAGGUGCCGGAAUGGCUGGCUCUGCCACUGAACCCAAGGUUGUCCCCUGAACUAGCCAGAUGUUUUACUGAGAAUCAAUCAGAGUCAGUCCCUCAUUUGAAAAAUAAAACUUAAGAACCGCCUUGCCAUGUCCCAAAAUCCAACUAUUCUGGACAACAGCCAUACAAGAAAUAUGUAAAAUAACUAAGGAAGUAAUAGACAUCACCCCAGAAUUGGCCCUACUAAACAUCUUCCAAGACAACAAUGCCCAUUUACACCACAAAGAACUCAUAACCCACCUGCUCUCAGCAGCCAGAAACACCAUAACCAGACACUGGAGAGACCUGUCAGGAGUAAGCAUGGACCAAUGGUACCAAAUAGUAUGGGAAACAGCCCUACUAGAAAAAUUAACUAAUAAACUGAAACUGACACGGGGACAAACAGAAGAAGACGCCUUCACCCCGGUAUGGCUCCCCUUUAUCACAUACACAGCCCAACAGGACAAUGACAAUAAUCCGCCAACAGCAUACAAAUCAAUAUGGCUAACCUGAUCCAAAACACCCACCCACCCCACUCACACACGAAAACAAAGACCACCACAGCCAAUCACAAACAAACAAUCACACCCUGGGCCAACCCCAACCUCUCUCACCACCAAAGGAACACAAGUGAACAACACAAGCACGCUGACACCAAACUCUACAUACAUUAAGCAUAACAGAAACAUUGCCACCCGACCCCACCCAUCUUCCCUCCCUCCACCCCUUCUUUUUUUCCCCUCCCCCUAAUGUCUCAACAAAUGAAAUGGAUUUGUAAAAAUGUUACAUGGAAAAAAAAAUACGAGGCACUACACUUCUGUAAAACAAGAAAAUCCUUAAUAAAAUAUUUAAUAAAAAAAAAGAAAAAGAACCGCCUUGCCCCCAAAUGGCAUCUAGACAUUCUGUUUUGGCAACUGCAACCUUGGUUCAUGGACCCAUUUAGUGCCUGGCUUGUGUGUCUUGAGUUUCUAACACUGCAGACCAUAUCCUUCUUCUGGGAAGAGGACCUGAGUGUGAUAGUGGAGGGAGAACAUAGCCAUUGUAGCUAGUAGGAUUAAUUUUGGUCAGUUCUCUUUUCAGAGCCAUCUGUAAGAACCCAUGAAGGGGGCAAAGGAGAGCCCUUAAUUCCAGCAUCCUUUUCUCACAGUGGCCGACCAGGUGCUUAUGGGAAACCAGAAAGCAGGACACAAGCUGCUGGAGUCCAGAAGCAUCCCUGCUUCUGCUCGUGGGGCUAACUGCCUCUGAGGCAGAAUUUUUUGAGCCGUUGGUUGCAUUCUGAAAAGCCAUUGGCAUCAGUUGUGCAGAACCAUCUCGCUUGUCGCUCCUGAAUUGAGGGUUCUUUCACUCGUUUUUGAGGCUGUGUUUUUGUCCCCGGUUUGUUUUAAAACAUAGCUGCUUUUUUUUUAAUACCACCCUCUGACGGAAACAUUUUCCAGGGCGGUUUUACCACAGACCGUAAAACAGCAAUAAGAAAAGCAGCACAGUUCAAUAAAAAGCAGAACCCAGCGUUGACAGAAAAUAAAUAAAUCAGAGGUUGAAAACCUGGGAAAAUGAGAAACGUAUCUGCUUGGCAUCAGAAAGACACGAAGGCAGGGAAGUUUUAAACGGAUGAUGUUUUGUUGUGUUUUUAAUAUUUUGUUGAGAGCCGCUCAGAGUGGUUGGGGCAACUCAGCCAGAUGGGUGGGGUAUAAUUAAUGAAAUCACUAUUACUAUUUGGUGUCAGACCAGGCGAGAGAGAGAGAGAGAGAGAGAGAGAUCAUGUCCCCCACAAGUAGGGGGAACAGCUGAAAAGACCCUCCCAUGUUUGCCACCCACCUCGUCCAAGGCAGCCUGGGCAGGUGGACUUAAGAAAGGACUCCACAUUCUAUGGAUUCCAUUUGUAUUUUUUGAGGCACCUAUCUUGUUGCAGUAUGGAAAGCUUUAAUGAAAAUCUCAAGACAACAUGGGCAGGUGUCUGGGGCAAGUGAGGGGGGGAGUGACUGAUAGCCACAUCAUCUUGAGGUCUGGGGGACUUCAGAUUUCCAGGGGCUGAAAUUCCCUACCCCCAGGCCACAGGAGGAUCUUUCACUAGGCUUCCCAUUGGGUCAUCUGGUCGGCCGCUGUGAGAACAGGCUGCUGAAGCAAACUUUGUGAGGAAUGGUUGAAGGAGGUAGGUAUGUUUAGUCUGGAAAAGAGGAGACAGAGGAGAUAUGAGAGCCAGCUUCACAUAUCUAAAGGACUGGCACAUGGAAGAGCUGUUCAGCAGUGGAAGGGUCUCCCUCGGGAGACGGUGGACUCUCCUUCCUUGGAGGUUUUUAAGCAGAGGUUGGAUGGUCAUCUGUCAUGGACGCUUGAGCAGAGAUUCCUGCAUUGCAGGGGGUUGGGCUGGAUGACCCUCACGGUCCUCUACAACUCUAUGAUUCUGUGACUAGAUGGGCCACUGGCCUGACCUUUAUUAUGUCCUUGAAGGUGAAGAAGGACCUAGAGGGGCAGAGAGAGAGAAGCAAGAGUUUCUGUAACCUUUGAAAAAGGACGCUGCUCCCUUGCUAUAAAAUAAAAUAGAGAGAUUGCUGUGAAGGUCCUCGCGCUGUGUGUUUUGUGUGCGUUGAGAGAGGGAGAGAAACCCCAAUAACAUAAUGUCUUCCUUUUGCAGACAGUAAUAAUCUAGAGAUGAUAGGGGGGAGGCUGGAAGAGAGUGCCAGAGCCGGGCUCUGUGAAUCCCCUCCGUCCUGCGCGCAGGAUAAAGAUCUCCUCUAUCUCCCAUUAUCGGCUGCGUGUCUGCUCCGAAAUUAGAACAGAGAGUCUCGGGCUGCGUGUCUGGAGUUCACGAUGAGCUGCUGCUGAGGCUCGAGGUGGUGGGGGGAGGUUUUCCCUUUCCCACUUUUGACAGAAGGCAGGUUUUCAGGCACUUCUGCAAGGUGACAGAGCGGCAGAGCAGCUGCCUUGCACACUGAAGGUCCCAAGUUCGCAUCUCCAGAGAGGGCUGAGCUAGACAGCUUGAUGGUUUAGCUCCGUAUAAGGCACCUUCCUAGUUAGAUCAGCUCUUUGCUUGGAAUCAUGAGGACCAGAAUCUUGUAUUAUUUGGAAGGAAAGGACCACAGCUCGCUGACAGACCACCUGCUUGGCCUUCAGAAGGUCCCUGGUCCAGCUCCCCACUAAUGUCAUGGCCAGGUGGGGCCUGAAACCUUGGCAAGCCACUGCCAGUCUGUGUGGACAAUACUGAGGCUGUUGCGGUGUGGUCAGGAAAGGAGCCCUGUGUGGUCAGGCUAGGUAGUGAAAGGCCUCGCGUAGCUAGUAAUUUCUUCUGGCUUUGUUGCUUGGGGAGACUCCUGUGAGCCAGAGGGCGACGCUCCUUCGUCCCUGCACCCAGGGGUCCCUGCCCCCAACUCUGAUGCUUCUCUUUCAGCAUGCGGCAGCGCAGAGACCCAAAAUGGCUCUCUGGGCACAGAGUGCUGAGCUUUGGCAUGCCAAAUGGCAAAGCUGCCUCGAACCGCAAAGGUGUCUGGGACUGGUUGGAGGCAGAGGAAUGAGGGGGUCCCAACUGGGGGAACCCCAAGGAAGGAAGGCUCAGAGCCCAGGGAGUGGUGGUGGGACAAGAGUGAGUGGUCAGAGGGAGAAGCCUGGGGGGAGGAGGUAACAGGGAGAGGUAACAGGGCUUAGUGAGCAGGGAGAGUCUGUGGCAGAGGGAAGUCCAGGCAGAAACUGAAGCAGGAGACGAGGGAGGCCAGGAGGCAGAGGGGAAGUCUGGCUGGUAAAGAGUCACAGAUGUCUCCCCCUCCUGCUGCAAAAAGCUCAUCUCCCUGCUGGUCUCCCAGAACCAGGAGAGGCAUGAAAAGGGCAGAGGAGAGAUUGGCUGCAUGCAGGCCCAGUCUCCGAUUGCUUGGGGAAAACCCUGGAGAGGAGGGGACUUAGGCAGCUGUGGGGAGGCAGGGACUUUCAAUCUCAGCAACUGCUUCAUGGGGGCAAGACUUACCAGAGAUUAUUUGCUGCGCUCAUUGGGCCUGGCGCUCCUGUGCAGAUCCUGGUUUUGCUAAUAAAGACUUGACUGCAAGUCACUCGGUGUGAUUUACUGCUGUUCUCUCCUGUCGAAAGGCAUGUUCAAACCUUGCUCCCUCCAGCGGCCUGCCUUGUCACUCCUCUCUCAUGGCCGGCCAGCUGAUCAUAUCAGUCCUCUCUCUCUCUGAUGGAUGCCUUCUCAAAAAAAAAAAAAGGCCUCUCAAGCAAUCGUUUUGUCCCCUGUUAUCACUGUUGGUGCGGUGUGAUUCCUUUAAAAGAAUUCCAAGGCUGGCAGAGCUUCUCCAGAUCUCUUUGUGAGAGAUUAUCCCUUUAGCUUCUUCCUUAAGCGCUGCGGAAACUCUUUAUCGGGGAGCACUUGAAAUUCUUUGGCUUCCCUCCCCACCAUUAUGCUGGAAUACAGCUUUUGCUCCUAGGGUGUGGCUCUUAAGCCGACAGUUUGCCUUUGGCUCAACCGAAGCAGAAACCUGGGACAUACCUCAGUUCUAGGCUCAAUCCCCAGCAUCUCCCUGGAGAGCUACUGCCAGCCCGUGCUGGGAAUAUUGAGCUAGGUGGCCCCAACAGUCUGACUCGUAUGUAUUUAAAAUAGCUGUGUAGGAACCAUGAGGGCUAUAUGCUUAGUUUUGUGUAAAGCAGUUUCUUGUAUCCUCUGGGUGGGGGUUAAGGAUUUUUUUAUUUCAUGCUGUAGUGUGUGUGUGUGUGUGUGUGUGUGUGUGUGUGUUUGAUAUAGCAAAAAGAACAUAACAACAGAUAAAAAAUUAAACAUGGAAAACAAAGCUAUAGAACGGGUACAGUUGCACAUUGGUUGAAAUAACAGAAGUCUAUGAGUACAGUCAUACCUCGGGUUACAGACGCUUCAGGUUGUGUGUUUUUGGGUUGCGCACCACGCCGAACUCAGAAGUACCGGAACGGGUUACUUCUGGGUUUUGCCACAUGCACAGAAGUGUGAAUCGCAGCCUGCGCAUGCGCAGACACGGCACUGCGGGUUGCAAACGCUGCUGGUUGCAAACGUGCCUCCCGCACGGAUCACGUUCGCAACCCGAGCGUCCACUGUAUAGGAUAUAGGCAUUACCUGGUUAUCAAGUCUAGUGGGGACAGCCUGGGUCGCUCUGUUGGUUGGAGCAUGGUGCUGACAAGGCCAGGGUUGCAGGUUCAGUCCCUGCAAGGGACAGCUGCAAGUUCCUGCAUUGCUGGGGGUGGGACUAGAUGAUCCUCAGGGUCCCUUCCAACUCUGCAAUUCCAUGCCAGAUUUGCCAGGCUUGUAGCAAGGGUCUCGAAAAUGAUGGUCCUUCUCUCUGUGUAUGUAAUAAAGGAAUGCCAAAUCAUGCAAAAAGUGCAUGGGAGUUCUGGUCAAAAUCUCAAAUUACGCACAAUUUCCUCCCAUUUUCCAGAGCGGUGGGUGCCCAACCCCCUAUGUAGGAUUUGUCAGCUGUUUCCAAUUGGGUUGCAAUUACUGUUUGAGCUGCUCAGACCAUCUAUAAGACUGGUUCUUUUGACAAUAUGUCUACACAAUGGCAUUUUCAAAAAUAUCCUUGGCUCGUAUAUUGAGCCCUCUGUUCUUCUGUCUCCCACAGGGAUCCGGAGAAAGCAACCUGGAGAAAAAAGAGCGGCUGUACUCGCAGAUGUGUGCGACAAGAGAAAAGGUGAGGCUCUCUAUCCCUGCAACAGGCAAAUUUUGAGUUUUGAGAGGCUUGAUCUUGACACAUUGCAGACUUUAUUUUUUCUUGACCAAAUCAGAUUUAUUGCUAGUUAAGUCAGCCAUCGUGCCAUUCGCAUACACAGACAAUAAAAACAAGGAAGGUGUAUAAGGUGCACUAAAAUACCAUUAGCAUUUUGCUUUGCAGUAAAGUUUUGGCAAUUUUUUUUAACAGUAGGCCAGCGAUUCCUACACUGUGCACUGCGGCAGGUAAUCCUUCACUUUGCUCCCCUUGAAAAGCUGAAAUUGAAAAAUAAAAACCUUGAGAAAUAAAAGCCUAAUGCCAGGCGGCAAGACGUGCUUUUUGAAAAAAGAACCGUGAAAAAUCAGAUUGGGCCUCUGGUGGAAGCAGUGAGGGGAACCAUCGAAUCUUAAGAGUUAGAAGGGACCCCUGAGGUUCAUCUAGUCCAACCCCCUGCAAUGCAGGAACCUCAGCUAAAGUGUUCCUGAUAGAUGGCCGCCCAACCUCUGCUUUAAACCUCCAAGGAAGGAGAGGGAGGGAGACGGUUCCACUGUCAAACUGGUUGUGUCGACCCCAAAGCAACUCUCCAAAGCGACUUCAUCUCUCUCAUCUUAAAAACCGGGAGGGGGGAAAAGGGUCAGGCAAGCCUCUGGCAGGGGAAGAGAGUCACCACUUCCAUAUUGGAUGCAGCUAUCUUAAGGGUUUGCAUGGGCAAAAGCUGUGUUGGCAGAAGCUCGUGGAAUUGCAAUGCCCUCUGGAUGAAUGUGGGUUUCGCCAUCCCAGGAUGGAGUGCCUCUUCUGAAUAGAACCAUUCCUCAAAUUCUGCCUGGUGGGAGACAGGUUUUCUCCACCUUUUACCAGGGAUGGAGGUCACUGUGGCCCUCACACCAUCCGCUUUCUUUGCCACUGAGUUCAGGGUCCCAGGACGGGCAAAGGCAGCGCCCUGAGCCAAUACUCUGAUCCUUCCUCCGCUUCUCCUCCCGCCCUGGUUCCACUCCCCAUUUAGUUUUCAACCCCCUUUUUCCCUUGCAGAACUUGAUGGGCGACCAGGAGCAGCUGAAAAUCCAAGUGACUCAGCUGGAGGAAGAAGUGGGCACCUUGCGCAAGAUCAACAAAGGCCUCUUCGACUUCUCCAGCCGCCUCAUCAUGAAGCAGGGAAAAUAGCGGGGCGGGGGGGGGGGGACCUGCUCCUCCGAGCCCAGCCUGGUGGCAGCAUAGUGCUGCCCCCCUUGGGACAAGAACCUGGCGGCAGCCACACACAGCGUCUGGAUUGCCAAAACUUCUUCCCUGGUCAGAGGGGCAGGAACAAUGUUCAUACCCUUGCCCGCUGGCAGGACCGGACUUCACACAUCCAGAAAUGGGGGGGCGGGCAGAGAUGGUGUAAGUCAGGAUGGUUCGAACAGGACGUUGCAAAAAGACAUGGCCGUUCCCCCUUCCUGCUCCUCUUCCUCAAACAAACCAACGGGCCCUUUCUGCAUCCUCUCGUUUUGCAAAGGAUUCUGGGCUGCGCCAUACGACCUGUUGCUGCUCCACCGCUGCCUUUGCCGCCAGGGAUUGAUUAUCAGUAGUACGCCUGCUUCCUUUCGGGGGGCAUGCAGGUGGCUUUUGGGGGUUCACCAGCCAUUCUGGCAUUCCGCAGGCAGAUCUCCUGGCCACUGUCAGUCCAGGAGGAGAACGGUCCAAAGCCGUUGUCAGCAAAGAGGCCUCAAUUCCUUUUAACACUGUGUUUUUGAGAGCGACAGAGAGGCCCCCCUUGGAAGUGGGGGAGAGGAGAGAGUCUUGUGUUUCAUCGUUCCGCAGGCUGCAGAAAUGAGGCAUUGGAUUCUGGGCUGGGUAAACCUCUCCGGGUGAGUUGUGCUUCUCAACGGUUCUCUCCCCUCAUUAAAAACGUGCACAAAUCUCCCAAGCGCUCCCUGCUUUAUGAAAGCUAGCCAUUCAGGGGUUAUGCACCCCCCAUGCCAUUUUUACAUGCAGGGAGAGAUUUAUUUAUUUACAUUCUAUUGAGCCUGCGCAAAUUAGACCUUCCUGCCAUUGAACUGAACCACUAAAAUUCACGCAGCUCCGUCAUGCACGGUGCGCCAGAUCGUAUCCUUAACCCUCCUCUUGUUGGUCAGGACACGCAGCUCUGUAUCCCAAGCUGCUUUUUUUGUACUCUGGUGAAUCUGCUUCUCCUUCCUGUCCUCUCUCUUCCCCUACAACCCUUGUCUUUCUUAAUUUUACUUCCUUUAAAAGAAAUACCUCUGAUUCCAUGUCAGAACAAAUCCUUUUCCUUUUAUUUCUUGUUUUUUGUACUUUUUUAAAAUAAAGGACUGUUUAC